AUGGCGGCAUUGCGGCGGUUACCGCCGGGAUUCGACUUCCGCCCGACGGACGAGGAGCUGGUCCAAGGCUACCUGCGGCGGAAGGUGGAGGCAGCGGAAGGCCGCCGCGCGGACGACGACGACCACGAGCUCAUCGCGGAGGUCGACAUUCUCCGCUACGAGCCGUGGGACCUGCCCAGCCGGUCGAGCCUCGAAGCCGGCGGCAAGUGGUACUUCUUCUGCACGCGCCAGAAGAAAUGUCCGGACGGCUCGCGCGUGAAUCGCGCCACGCCGAGAGGGUUCUGGAAGUCGACCGGCGAGGACAAGCCCGUGCGCAGCUCGCGCACGUCGCGGCAAAUAGGGUUUCGGAAGUUGCUCGUGUUCCACCUGGGGAGGGCGCCACGUGGCGAGCGGACGGCCUGGAAGAUUCACGAGUACCGGCUGGAGCCCGCACCGCUGUCGCGCGGCGGCGCAGCGGCGGACUACGUGCUGUGCCGCUUGUCCAAUGAGAACCAGCCGCCUGCUGCAAGCGAGCCGCCUGCUGCGAGCGAGCCGGCUGCUGCGAGCGAGCCGGCUGCUGCGAGCGAGCCGGCUGCUGCGAGCGAGCCGGCUGCUGCGGCGCUGAUGGACCUCCUUCGCCUCCACCCUGCCGCCCCGCCGCGUGUGCCCGUGGUCGUGCCUGUGAGCGACGUGGAUCUGGACACAUUCUGGGAGAACAUUUAUCGGCAAGCUGUGUCAGCUGGGGGGUCUGCGGCGGGGUAUGUGGCGGAGCAUGGGGCGAGCCACGAGACAGAGGAGGACGAGUGGCGUACAGUGUACGAGGAGCUGCCGCCGCUCUCGGAGGGAUUUUCCAUCGACGAAAGCCACGCCGCCCUCCCCGCCGCUCCCCCGGCUCCUGCCACUUUUGCUGCACCGGCACCCGGUGGUUGCGUGCCUGCUGCCCUUGCUGGCGCAGCGCUCCGAGUGGCAGAGCGAGCGGCGCCCAGAGCACCGGGCGCAGCGGCAGUACCCUCAAGGCUGGCGGCGCCCGUGCCACCAGCGCCCGUGCCACCAGCGCCCGUGCCACCAGCGCCCGUGCCACCAGCGUGCGCAGCAGGCGCAACCACCAUCACCGCGGCCCUCGCAGGGCUGGCUAAGGCCAGAGCGGCACAGGGCGCUGCCGCUCCCCUGGGCGGCACCCACGCGAGAGCAACGGGCCGGGCGAGGUCGCGGCCUGUGCGCGCUGCUGGCGCCGUCAUGCACAGCCGGCGCAUGCACGCGCUUAAUGCGCCGCAGCUGGCGGGUGGCGGUGGGGGUGCGCGGCUGGCGAGCAGCGGCGCAUCGCCGAUGGCAGUGUGGGUGAUGAGGACUGUCUCAUGGGUGCGCAAGAGUGGGCUAGGGGGAUGGAUCAGCAUGAGGGCAUGGUAG